CAAUAAAAAAUAAAAAUAUAAAAAAUUAAAUUAAGCACUUCAAAGCACUUGACAACUAAAACGUCAUUAAUAAAAUUGAUCAUCAUUCAUUAAAUUUGUAUCAACUACACCACCAGCAUAAUUUAUAAACAAUAAUCAUGUCGACAAGCAGAUUUACUGGUAUUGAAGUUGGACCACCAAUUGAAAUAUUUGCUUUAAAUAAAAUCUACACUGAUGAUUCAUUUGAACAAAAAGUAAAUCUAACAAUUGGAGCAUACAGAACAAAUGAUGGCAAACCUUGGGUUUUACCAGUUGUUAAAAAAGUUGAAAAAUUACUAGCUCAUGAUGAGCUACAAAAUCAUGAGUAUCUUCCAGUUCUUGGUCUUGAUGCAUUUAGUAAAUCAGCAGUUGAAAUGUUACUUGGUAAAAAAUCAUCAUCAAUUAUUGAAGGUAGAGCAUUUGGAGUACAAUGUUUAUCUGGUACUGGAUCAUUAAGAGUUGGAGCUGAAUUUCUUUCACGUAUUCUUAAAUAUGAUACUGUAUAUUACAGUUCACCAUCAUGGGAAAAUCAUCGUCUUAUUUUUGUUAAUGGUGGUUUUAAAAAUACUCACGAGUACAGAUACUGGAAUCAAACUGGAAGAAAUAUUGAUUUUGAUGGAAUGAUUGAAGAUUUAAGUAAUGCAUCUGAAAAUUCAGUUGUUAUAUUACAUGCAUGUGCACAUAAUCCAACUGGUUGUGAUCCAACUCCAGAACAAUGGAUGAAAAUUGCUGAUGUUAUUGAAGAAAAAAAAUUAUUUACAUUCUUUGAUAGUGCUUAUCAAGGUUUUGCUACUGGUAAUUUAGAAAAUGAUGCAUUUGCUGUACGUUUAUUUGCUGAACGUGGAAUUGAAUUUUUUUGUGCUCAAAGUUUUGCUAAAAAUUUUGGUCUUUAUAAUGAACGUGCUGGUAAUUUAGUUGUUCAUAUGAAUAAUACAAAUGAAGUUAUACAAACAAAAUCACAAUUGACAUUAAUUGUCAGAGGAAUGUACAGUAAUCCACCAAAUCAUGGAGCUCGUAUUGUUGCAACUGUACUGGGAAAUGAAGACUUGUAUGAAGAAUGGAAGGAUCAUAUUCGUACAAUGUCUGGAAGAAUUAAGGAAAUGAGAAAAGCACUUUAUGAUCAUCUUGUAUCACUCAAGACACCUGGUAAUUGGGAACAUAUUUUAAAUCAAAUUGGAAUGUUUUCUUACACUGGAAUGUCAGAACGCCAAGUUGAAUAUCUCAAGAGUCAUUAUCAUAUCUACAUGCCUCGCAGUGCUCGAAUGAAUAUGUGUGGUUUAAAUGAAAAAAAUGUUGAAUAUGUUGCAAAUGCAUUCAACAAAGCAGUCAAUGAAUUUCCACAUAAUGUUUAAUUAUUUUUAAAUAAUUAAAACAAGCAUAAAUUAAAAACAACCAAAAUAAUUGAGUUAUAAAAGAUAUUGUUGAUUAGAAUAUUUAAUAAUUAAUUUUAAUCAAGUACAAAAAUACACACCCCACCAAUAAUUAAUGUUUAAAAAUGUUAAAUUGUUUUUUAAUUUGUAAAUUUGUGCCAAGGUUUAGCACAUUUUAAUAGUGGACAACAAACAAAAACAUUGAUGAUUCAUCAAUUUUUCUGUUAAAAUAAUAGCAAUAAUACAAAUUUAAAUUUGUAAAAUUGACCAAUUAAUAAAUGUUUUAUGUAAAAAUAAAAUUAUUUAAAUAUUAAUGAUAGA